AUGGGGCCACUCAAUAUAUUGCGCGGUAGCUAUGCAGCAUUGGGCGACUCUUAUGCCGCUGGAGCGGGUGCAGGCUCGCCGAUUGUGUUUAGCUGUGGUCGAUUCUCAGAAGCCUAUCCGGUCCAGAUCGCUCAUAGCAAGCACUUGAACAUAUCUGAUGCCAAUAUCCACUACCUGGCAUGUGGAGGGAGCGACAGUCGCAGUGUAUUGAUUCACCAAGUGCCCUUUAUCGAGAAGUCUGAUGUUAUCACGAUGACGGUCGGAGGCAAUGAAGUCCACUUCUUUUCAGUACUGAAUGCCUGCGUCUAUCAGUGGUUGCCAAUCUCAUCGUGUGAGAAAGAACUUGCAGAAUCAAGAGCUCUUAUUGAAUCGCGGAGCCUCAUCCGCAAAAUUGAUGCAGUGAUUUCCGAAUCAGUGAAAAGGAAGCGCUCUGAUGCACUGCUUUUGGUCACGGGUUAUGCAAGGUUCUUCAACGAACGUACUGAUCUCUGUGACCAUGUAACCUUUAGCAGGACAAGACCAUUAGAUUAUCUUACCAAGGACAAAAGGAGAGCUCUGAAUCAAUUAGUUAGUCUGCUGAAUGAUGUGGUUCGAGCGUCAGCGGACAUUCAUGGGGCAAAGUAUGUUGAUAUCGAUGGCAUCUAUGAAGGUCAUCGGUUUUGUGAGGAGGGCGUGCACGAACCAGAUAUUGGACGAGACGACACAUGGUUUUUCAACCUCCCUGCGGCGGGCUUCCAGACAGACAAGCAAAAUGAAGGCCUUAAGCUACCAAUUGUCAUUGAGGCAGAUUCGGACAGCCAACAGCGGUUCAUAAUACGCAAGCUGCAGUGGUCGACUUCUGAUGACGACGAAAUCGACGGCACUCUAGGUUUUCCAGACUUGGAAACAGCAAGAACGUUCCAUCCUACUAAAUUCGGCCAUGUAGCGAUUGCGGAUGCCAUUGUUCAAGAGAUAAUGCAGGGCAAGUGA